AUGUUACCCAUUAUCAUUUUCUUCGUCCUUGUUUGUGCUCAUCAGUAUUGUACCGCAGAAGCACAGUCAGACGACUCAUCGGAAACAUUGUGGGACUUGUCUUCACUUGGUGUAGUUCUUGAAGGCCUCAUUGCAACAAUUCUCUUACUUUUCAUCUUUGUGUUGUUCCUAAAACGUUUCAGAUACUCACAAAACGACGUAGCAGAGAUACCAAAGUCUGAAAAUGACACUGGUAUAAAUCCUCAACUACUCGAAACUUUCCCAAUUGUAUUGUACUCUUCCGUAAACAAACAUGUUAAGGAAGGUGAUGAAGAUCCUCUACCAUGUGCUGUGUGUCUCGCUGAAUUCAAUGACAAUGACAGCGUUCGUGUUUUACCUCAAUGCAACCAUUUCUUUCAUCCUCCGUGUAUUGAUGCUUGGCUUUCUACUCAUGUUACUUGUCCUGUUUGUCGUACUGAGCUCAAUCUUCAACAUUCCUUUCAGUUUGCCAUUUCUGUUAAUACACAAAUCAAUGGUUGUGGUGGAAUUGAAAGGGUAUAA